AUGGCACCGUACACUGCCCUUCUCACAAGAAGCGCCCUCGAGGCGACACAGCCCCAUGUAUUCAAGCGCGACCUCACCGUCAACCACACCCAGGCUGUCACGUUGGGUGUAAUGGGCGCCUACGUCGUGAUCAUUGCAUUACUUUGGAACUUACCAUACGUUCGCUGGUCACUCUGGCCCUUCAAGAUGCUGGUCAUCGCCUUCCAUGAAUUCGGCCAUGCCAUAACUGCAUGCUGCACAGGCGGCAGAGUCAAGUCCAUCUCGCUGGAUCCUCACGAGGGAGGCGUCACACAUAUGCAAGGCGGCAUCAGUGCCGUCACCCUGCCUGCAGGAUACUUGGGCUCAUCCAUCAUCGGCGCCCUGCUCAUCUUCGCUGGAUUCGACAUCGUCGCGAGCAAAGUUGCCAGUAUUGUUCUGGGGGUGUGCUUCUUGCUUACUCUGUGGUGGGCGCGCAGGGACUGGUUGACCAUUCUGACGGUCUUGCUGGCCGUGGGCUUGCUGGUGGCGUGUUGGUUUAUUGCGCAUGGAGAGGCGUUGCGAUGGGUUGUGCUCUUUAUUGGCGUCAUGUCUGCGCUUUACAGUGUCUGGGAUAUUUGCGACGAUCUCAUCAUUAGGAAAGUGAACACUUCUGAUGCAAGUGUCUUUGCGCAGAGAUAUGGCGGUUCUUCCCGAUGCUGGGGUGUCAUUUGGUCCAUUAUCUCGCUGCUUUUUAUGGCCGUGGGGAUAGUCGCCGGCAUUGCCGCGUUUCCCAAGUCAUUUAGCGAGCAGCAGGAGCAAUCCAAGCAUUUUAUUCCGACUAGAUGA